AAAAAAAACAUUGAUGAUGAGAAAAUGUUGCCAUUUAUUAUUAUUAUUAUUUGACUUUGAUAAAAUCAGAUCAGCGAAUAAAUCAUGAUGACCAUCAUGAUUUUAAUUUACAUUAUUAUUAUAACAUUCGUUAUGAAUAUCCAUCCAAUAAUAACGACAACAUUAAAAUCAUUGAAUCAAUCACAUUCGGAUAAUCAAAAAUUGAAAUCAACAAUAACAACAACAAAUGAAAAUAUAUUAAAUAUUGAAAAUGAAAUAAAUCAUUUACUUAAUCCAUUAUUGAAUGAAUGUCGUGAAUUGAUUGUAAUUGGUGAACGUAAUUGUUAUGUUGAUUAUUUAGAUCGUUUUUCUGAUCUAAGUCAACAGGUUAUUAAUGAAGAUAUUUCAUCUGAAUUUGAUCGAAAGGUAUGUUGUUCAAUGUGGAAAUGGUUUGAUUGUACACGUUCAUAUAUUCAACAAAAAUGUAACGAUUCGGAUGUUGAUUUAUUUGAAAAAUCAUUACUUGAUUCAUAUAUAUAUUCAUCAUAUUGUAAAGGUUAUGAAUAUGGUAGUUAUUAUUGUUGGCCAUUACCAUUAUGGUUAUAUAUAUUGUUUGGUUCGUUAGCAUUUGCAAUGUUAACAUUAGGUACUGUUUCUUUUGUUUGGUAUUGGCAACAUGGUUUUCAGCCAUCCAAACAAUUUUAUCAUUCAUCAACACAUCAACAACAACAACAACAACGAAAACGACGAAGACAAUUAUCAAUGGAUUUUAAAGAAUAAAAUUUUUUUUUAAUUUGAAAUUUUUUUACAUUGAAAAUUCGGUUUUACAUAAGAUUGAUUGAAAUAAAAUAUUGAACAUUA